AUGGACUGCCAUUUUUCUGUCUGGGGAAUUUUGGCCUUUCUAAGUUUGGCUCUGAUUCUUUCACUGAUACUGAAUAUUUCACACUGUAUGAAAAAGAAGCGAGAAGCUAAAAUAUAUGAAGACUAUGAAGACUGCAGUCCAAGCUAUGAUAACUAUUAUACAGAAGAUGACCCAGUUUAUGGCAAUCUCAGUCAAGAUAUUUUAGAGGAAUGUUGUUAUGAGCAGAUGAAGUCCCAGCCUCAAAGGCCGGUUAACGAGCUACAGGUGGAGUCUACCAAUCAGAUGUGCUAUGCCUCCCUUAAUCACAGUAUCAAUGGAAAACGCAGAAAACCAAGGAGAAAGAAAGAGUCCUCAUUAGAAGACAGGCCAUCUAAACCCACCACUGUGCCUUCCAAAGUCAGCAUUUAUCUCAAUAGUGAGCAGCUAGCUGCUGAAAACACAGCAGAGGCAGAAGCCAUUCAUGAUGAUCCCAUCAGAUUAAUGGGUUUGAUUCAUACUACGAAGGAGAGCAUUUGAAGUGGAUUCAUGAAGCAAGUAUGUAAUCGUAAAGUGAGAUCUGCUCAUUCAUUCUGGAGGAGCAAUGAAUGAUUAUAAUGUCCUGGCA